AUGAAUCCCAUCAAUAUCAUCUUCGAUGCAAAGAGAUUGAUUAGACGUAGAUUCAUUGGUUCUUCUGUUCAGAGUGAUAUGAAACUAUGUCCAUUCAAGGUCAUUGCUGGACCUGGUGACAAACCAAUGAUUGUUGUUACUUACAAGGGUGAAGAGAAACAAUUUACUGUUGAGGAGAUCUCUUCAAUGGUACUCAUAAAGAUACGUGAAAUUGCUAAGGCUUACCUUGGGUCUACAGUUAAGAAUGUUGUGGUUACCGUCCCUGCAUACUUCACUGACUCUCAGCGUCAGACAACAAAGGAUACUGGUGUCAUUAUUGCUCGUAAUGUCAUGCGUAUCAUCAAUGAACCCACAGCUGCGGCUAUUGCUUAUGGUCUUGACAAGAAGGCUACCAGUGUCGGUAAAAAGAAUGUAUUAAUCUUUGAUCUUGGUGGUGGUAUUUUUUAUGUCUCUCUUCUAACCAUUGAAGAGGGUAUCUUUGAAGUGAAAGCCACUGCUGGGGACACUCACCUUGGAGGUGAAGAUCUUGAUAACAUAAUGGUGAACUACUUUGUUCAGGAGUUUAAGAGAAAGAACAAGAAGGAGUUACCAUUGCUCGGGCAUUUGAAGUUUUUCAAUAGGAGAUUGGAGUUCAAGGAUGUUCAAGGUCAGAAGAGCAUAAGAAGAAGUAGAGGGAAUGGUGGUAACAUGGAGAGGAACUGUAUACAUUGGAUUAAUUGGCCUUUGUUUUGCCUUGUAAAGGACAAUGGAAGCUUGGGUAUUCCAGAACUUGCUUUACUGAACCAAGCUUUGUUGUCCUCGUCCUCAUCGGGGUGGUCUCCGCCACUAGAUGGCUCCUUGAAGUUGAAUGUGGACGGAGCUGUUGGUAGGGACUGGACUUUGGCAGAUCUAAAAACGAUUAGAACUGGUCUCUCUUUAUUUUCCUCUUUGAAUUUGGGAAAUAAUGAUUCGUUGAUUCUGGAAAGUGAUUGCAGUAGGACUGUUGAGUGGAUUGAGAAUCCUAUCGGUUGUCCAAUGGUCUUUGAAACUCUUGUGAAGAAGAUUGUGGUUAUUACUAGAAAAGACAAGAGUAAUAUUCGUCUUAUUCCUAUAAGCGCAAAUAAGGAGCUGGAUAAGUUGGCUAAAGAGGGAAUUGGAUAA